UUGACCAUUGUGAAUGCAAGAAAAUGGCGGUAGAUGUACACAGACUCACAUGACUAAAAUAAUUCCUUAGAAGCAAUACGUGUUUGCUGAUCAAAUAUAUACCUUUUCGGACAAUCAUUUUAACAACCAACGAUCCUCAAAAUACAUCAUGUUCGUUGCUCGAAGUAUUGCCGCAGACCAUAGGGAUCUCAUACAUGAUGUAUCCUAUGACUUCCAUGGGCGGAGAAUGGCGACUUGUUCCAGUGAUCAGAGUGUCAAGGUGUGGGACAAAAGUGACGAUGGAGAGUGGCAUUGCACUGCUAGCUGGAAGACUCACAGUGGGUCAGUGUGGCGAGUGACCUGGGCCCACCCCGAGUUUGGACAGGUGUUGGCAUCCUGUUCCUUUGAUCGGACUGCAGCUGUGUGGGAGGAGAUUGUGGGAGAGUCCAAUGACAAACAGCGGGGCCUCAGCCAUUGGAUUAAGAGAACCACGCUGGUGGACAGUCGGACAUCCGUGACAGACGUAAAGUUUGCUCCCAAGCACAUGGGUCUGAUGCUGACCACUUGCUCGGCCGAUGGGGUGGUGCGCAUUUAUGAGGCACCUGACGUCAUGAACCUCAGCCAGUGGUCCCUGCAGCAUGAGAUCUCCUGCAAGCUUAGCUGCUCCUGCAUCUCCUGGAACCCCUCCAGUUCCCGGGCCCACCCCCCUAUGUUUGCUGUCGGCAGUGAUGACAACGUCACCUACACUGGGAAAGUUCAGAUCUUCGAAUACAACGAGAACACAAGAAAGUACGCAAAAGCUGAGACACUGAUGACGGUCACAGACCCGGUGCACGAUGUCUCCUUUGCCCCUAAUCUGGGUCGCUCCUUCCACGUCCUCGCCAUAGCAACCAAAGACGUGCGAAUCUUCAAGCUUGUCCCACUGCGGAGGGAGACAACCACCACGUCAGGUCCCACCAAGUUCGAGGUCCAGGUCAUGGCCCAGUUCGACAACCACAACUCGCAGGUGUGGCGAGUGAGCUGGAACAUAACCAGCACUCUGCUGGCCUCAUCCGGAGAUGACGGCUGCGUCCGGCUUUGGAAAGCAAAUUACAUGGAUAACUGGAAGUGCACAGGGAUCCUAAGGGGCGACGGCACCCCGGUGAACGGGACUUCGGGUCAGGCAGGGGCGGCAAACACCACUGGGCCCUCUGGGACACUGGCGUCUCAGGCGGCAGCCGGCGGGGCGGUGUCUGCCGGGAGACCGAAGGCUCAGCUGAUGCCAGGCUAACGGAGCUGUGUACUGCUCGGCUCGCUGCAUGCUCACGACAGGAUUGGACUGUUAGUUUUGAUUUUAUCCCGCCCCCCACUUUUAGACCAACCAAAACCUCUCUACUUAUGUUAACUUGAGUUAAAGGAAAUGGGACCAGAUGCCUUUUUUGUCCGGUUUGACGGCUAAUGGUGUGUUCACAGGUUUCUGACUUCCGGUGCUGUCUUUGAUUUUUUUUAAUGUCUGGCAUAGGUAAAGCUCAUUUUUGGGGAGAUGGCCUUGCUUAAGCCAGUGCUUGUCUCUUGUGAACACACCCUUAGUUCUGGUACCAACCAUAGUCCAGAUCUCAUCCAAGCCAAAAUUCCCCCAGCAUUGAUUUCCCUGAACAAGGAUUAGGAAUUGUUCUAGACUACCUUGCCUUUUGAAUGGAGAAUCUACUCUGUAAAUUGGGAUUGGCUCAGACCUAAAAUUAGUCGUUGCCCAGGAAACGAGCCCUUACACUCUACAAGCCAACUUCUGUCUGAUACUUGUAUGAUUGUGUGGAUAUUUCAAAGGAUUGACUGUGUGACUGUGUUAUGUGAAAAAUGGCGCUUAACUAAUGCAUUUAAUUUUUUCAUUUUGUUUGGAUCUUUGGAUCUUGCCUCUUGAUCAUCGCUCUAUCCACACACCAUAAUAGGCUUUAUCACCAAUAAGCAAAUGGAUGCUUUUCAAAUUUUUACAACACCUCCUAACUGCGAAUAUCAAACAGGAGUAGACCAAAUGAAUGUUUACUCAAAUGUAUUUAUAAAUGCUUAAAUUCCCCUAAAUGAGCCUCUUGUAAUGCGGCUGUUAAUAUACAAAAUACACUUGCUAUUUUUUGGAAGAUCUUGAAGAAGAAUUUAUGACCGGUCUAGUAAAUGUUUGCCAUUUUAGAUCUUAUUUAACCUAACAUAAGUUAUUAUUGAAGAGGUGUUUUAGGCACGAGUAUGUUAACAAAUAUCCCGACAGUGUAUAAUACAGCAAAAAGAUUAAGCCUAAUUCUGGAGAUGCAUAGACACUCAACCAGUUACAGUAUGUCUGGGGUCCCAGUUGGUCACCAACCUGCUUGAAUUACCAAGCCAGUUCCCAGUACAAGCCUCAAAUGCUCUUAAAAAUCUGUCAUUUUACAUCAUGCAAUCCAGUGCCUCAGAUUGCUUCUUUCAGGGUGUAUGGCUCAUAAAGCUAGCCAGUCCUGUUUAUAUAUGCUCUGUGUAGCUUCACUUCCCAGAACGCGUGACUGAAAGAUCAAUAGCUACCUUGUCAGGAUGGGCCGAGUUGCGCAGACAGAGCCUUGAAAGCAACCUUCAGAGUGCCAAACAUAAAGCCAUCUGUAGUGAGCAUUUGGGGGGGGGGGGGGCAUUCUGCAUUUUUUAUUUUGGAAAAUCAAGAGAUGAUCGUCAAGAGGAAAACUCAAAGAUACGUAUGUUACAUGUUUAUGUGAGCGCGCGUGUGUGUGUGAGAGUGUGUAUGGGGAAUGGAGGGUAGGGGAUUCAAAAAAGAAAAGGUUCUAAAAACCUUUUUGUAGAUGUGAAAUUUCUAACUUUUGCCAAGUGACUUAAUUUGUACAAUAAAGAUUGGUAAUAACACCA